CUGGAGAGAAAAAUAUUGAGCUGUUGACGUUGGAGGUAUUCAAUGUUAGGGAUGUGCACUGUAUCUGUACCACGACGGAUAUAUAUGGUGGAUACGGAUACGUAUCCGUACCGUGGACGAUACUGUCACAUUACCAUUAGCCAUAACGUAGUACGUACAUCAACAGACACCUAAAAUAAAAUGAACUACGCACUGAAUUGACGACCGUCAGUUCUGUCGCUAGUACUCAAAGUACUCGUCUAGAGAAACGUGCGUGGAUAUCACUGAAAUAAAAGGUGCUGCCGCUGCCAGGGUAAUCACGGUCGAGUUUUUUCAACAUUUCUUCAUCGUUUUGACAAGCGUCUCGGAGCAUCAUGGAUCAGGCCCAUUUAUCUCGUUCCACUGUGGGCAUCGAUGUUGUGAACAUGGAGAGGUUAUCGCUAUGAAUCCCUGGUCAGCACGAGGGGGGAUGAGCGGUUUGAUGAUCAAAUGUCGCAUGACCGUCUUCAAAGUAAAUGCGGGUUCCAGGCGCUUCGGUGAUACUGACGCCGUUCUCGCGUGUCGCAUUCAGUGGGCACGAGAUGUUCUUUCUUCAUAUGCCAAGGCAGGCUUCGGAGUCUUUUUUCUUGGUCUCUUGUUGAUUGGCCUAUACUGCUCCGUACGAGAGUAUAACCUGUCCUUUCGGGGCCCUUUUUCCCUAUCAGAUAAUCUUCUUGUCGGCUCUCAAGCUCAAGUUUCCAGCUUCAAGUCCAGAGUGAAUUUGCACAAUUUCCGUUAGAAUAUCUAGUUAUAGUUGAGCAUUCGUCCUGUUCUUUAAGUGUGCUGUAAGAGGCUCCGUCGCAGUGAGUCUGGACGCCAAGUCGCAACGUGAAGAGAACAUUUGUCCUGCAACAGACAUGUUGAACGACGAGCGUGUGGAGAGGACAGGACAUAGGGAAGGAGCGUGAGGAUUGAAGAGAAAUGAAAAGGUGGUUGCCUACUGGCUGUCGUAGGGUUAGGGUUGGAACGGUUGAUCGCUCUCGGUUGACUCUCCAGGCUUCUGAUAAAUGAAAAUUUCGCGAAGUAGCUUGUUCCUCUUUCGACUGUCAAUGUAUCCUGCCUCAUGGCCCAAAAUGAUU